UUCUGUUCCGGGCCGCGCCGCGUUAUGGACUCGCUGUGGCGGCUGAAGCGCUUCGACGCCUUCCCCAAGACGCUGGAGGACUUUCGGGUGAAGACGUGCGGGGGAGCGCUGGUGACGGCUGUCAGCGGGCUCAUCAUGGUGCUGCUUUUCUUCUCGGAGCUGCAGUACUACCUCACCAAGGAGGUUCAUCCGGAACUGUACGUUGACAAAUCAAGGGGAGAUAAACUGAAGAUUAAUCUAGAUGUUAUUUUUCCACAUAUGCCUUGUGCUUAUCUGAGCAUCGAUGCCAUGGACGUAGCAGGAGAGCAGCAGCUGGAUGUCGAGCACAAUCUGUUUAAACAGCGUUUGGAUAAAGCUGGCAAUCGGGUGACACCAGAGGCAGAGAGACAUGAGCUGGGGAAAGAAGAAGAAAAAGUGUUUGAUCCCAGUUCUUUGGAUGCCGAUCGCUGCGAGAGCUGUUACGGGGCAGAGUCGGAGGACAUUCGGUGUUGUAACACUUGUGAUGAUGUCAGAGAAGCAUACAGGCGGCGAGGCUGGGCCUUCAAGAACCCGGACAGCAUAGAGCAGUGCAAGAGGGAAGGGUUUAGCCAGAAAAUGCAAGAGCAGAAGAAUGAGGGCUGCCAAGUGUAUGGUUUCUUAGAGGUCAACAAGGUAGCUGGAAAUUUCCACUUUGCGCCAGGAAAAAGUUUCCAACAGUCUCAUGUACAUGUGCACGCUGUUGAGAUUCAUGAUCUGCAGAGCUUUGGACUCGAUAAUAUCAAUAUGACCCACUAUAUCAAACACCUCUCGUUUGGAAGGGAUUAUCCAGGCAUUGUGAACCCCCUGGAUGGGACGGCCGUCACUGCACAGCAAGCUUCCAUGAUGUUUCAGUAUUUUGUCAAAGUGGUCCCCACUGUGUAUAGGAAAGUAGAUGGUGAAGUGGUCAGGACCAACCAGUUCUCGGUCACACGACAUGAGAAAAUAGCGAACGGGCUGCUGGGGGACCAGGGUCUGCCUGGGGUGUUUGUGCUCUAUGAACUGUCACCCAUGAUGGUGAAGCUGACUGAGAAACACAGGUCCUUUACUCACUUUCUCACUGGAGUUUGUGCCAUUGUUGGAGGCAUAUUUACAGUUGCAGGUUUCAUUGACUCCUUGAUCUAUCACUCAGCACGUGCCAUCCAGAAGAAAAUUGAACUCGGGAAGACAACAUAAGUAAGCAAUGACUUUGCCCCCUCCAAACAAACCAAAACUCUUCAGGAGAACUAAAAAGGCUUCUUUGAAAGACAAGUGAUCUUCUGAGUGCACAGGAGAAAAGGGUUGGGACUUCCAGAUGGUCCCGACCGCUCUUGUAUUCCUGUCCCCUCAUUCCCUGGCAUUAAUUUGUGGAUGGAAGGCUUGAACCUUGCUGCUCUAAAGAUUAGCAGAUGUAUCUGGCUGUGCAGACCCUACUGUAAAACCCCUUUUGUGUCAGUCCAUGUUCAUCCAGUUCUGCCCCCCUUCCCGACAGAGAUGCUGGACAUUGGUGCAUUCUGUUUGCCUCCAGGAAUAAUGUCCUUUAACUUUGGGAGACCUGUGAUGGGUUGAAGUUGCCAUCCAGCGAGCUUUCUAGUGACACCAUCUGGGUUUUUUAAUUUUUCUUGCAAGUGUUUCUGAGUGUGCUGAUGCUGUGUGCCAGACCUCUGUGAAAAUGUGCUGAGUCCCAUCCCAGUCUGGGCUGUGUGGGGAGCCCAAGCAUUUGGGAUGUGCUUUUUCCCACUUGCUCUUCUUAUGAAAGAUGCAAGUUUCAGGAAAAAAAAAGUGUUUGGAAUUUUAAUGGAUUUUUAAAUUGGAUUGGUUUUUUUUCACUUCCCCUUGGUGUAUAUUUUGAAAUAAAGUCCGUCCUCUGUUUGUUUUGGUAAA